GUAUGCUACAUGCUUGUAUGUCUUCCUCUUCUCGUAAUAUCUCUUGUCUCAACUUAUUGGAAUCGGCAGAUCAUAAGAUGGUCUCCAUGGAUCCUUUGGCUCAAUCUUCUGAACAUCUUUGCUAUGUCCGUUGCAGCUACUGCAACACUAUCCUUGCGGUGGGAAUUCCAUGCAAAAAGCUAUUGGACACUGUAACAGUGAAAUGUGGGCAUUGUGGUAAUCUUUCCUUUUUAAGCAGUAGGCCUCCACUUCAACCCCAAUGUUUUGAUCACCAACCCACUCUUCAGCAUCAAGAUUUCUUCAACAAUUUCAAGAAGGGCCAGACUUCAUCUUCAAGUGAACCCACAUCUCCAAAGGCACCUUUUGUUGUAAAACCUCCUGAGAAGAAGCACAGACUACCAUCUGCCUACAAUCGGUUCAUGAAGGAAGAGAUCCAGCGUAUUAAAACAGCACAUCCAGAGAUUCCACACCGAGAGGCUUUCAGUGCAGCAGCUAAAAAUUGGGCUAGGUACAUUCCAAAUACUCCAAACGGGACCUUGGCCGGGAACAGCAGCAAUGCUUAGGCGACGUUGGAAGGAGUGAAGCAAAAUUUGGGAUCUAUGGAGGGAUUCUACUCGCAUUGGAAGAAAUUAAUAUUUAAGAUGGUUAACUUUAUUCUCGACCUUUAUUUAAUGACUCUGGUACUCUAUAUCAUAUAUUAUGGUGGAUUAAUAGUCUCUCUGUUUGCUACUUUCAACUUUAAUUUGUACUGGAGAAAAUUUAUCCUAUGAUACAUUUGCUUUCUAGUC